CCCCCGGCCGCUGGCUCGCUCGGCUCGCAACGCUGCAGAGGCUCCGAGGCGGCGGCGGCGCGGCGACUCCCUCUUUCCCUCCCUCCUUCUCCGUCCGUCCGUGCGUCUGUCCGUUCGGCCUCGGUCCGGCCCGCAGCAUGGCCGGCGUCAGCUUCAGCGGCCACCGCCUGGAGCUGCUGGCGGCGUACGAGGAGGUGAUUCGGGAGGAGAGCGCGGCCGACUGGGCUCUGUACACAUAUGAGGAUGGCUCAGAUGACCUCAAGCUUGCAGCGUCAGGAGAUGGGGGCUUGCAGGAGCUCUCUGGCCACUUUGAGAACCAGAAGGUGAUGUAUGGCUUCUGCAGCGUCAAGGACUCCCAGGCUGCUCUGCCGAAAUACGUGCUCAUCAACUGGGUUGGCGAAGAUGUGCCUGAUGCCCGCAAAUGUGCUUGUGCCAGCCACGUGGCUAAGGUGGCCGAGUUCUUCCAGGGCGUCGAUGUGAUCGUGAACGCCAGCAGUGUGGAAGACAUAGAUGCGGGCGCCAUCGGGCAGCGGCUCUCCAACGGGCUGGCACGGCUUUCCAGCCCCGUGCUGCACCGACUGCGGCUGCGUGAGGAUGAGAACGCCGAGCCGGUGGGCACCACCUAUCAGAAGACCGACGCAGCUGUGGAGAUGAAGCGGAUUAACCGCGAGCAGUUCUGGGAGCAGGCCAAGAAGGAGGAAGAGCUGAGGAAGGAGGAGGAGCGGAAGAAGGCUCUGGAUGAGAGACUCCGGUUUGAGCAAGAGCGGAUGGAGCAGGAGCGGCAGGAGCAGGAGGAGCGGGAGCGGCGCUACCGGGAGCGGGAGCAGCAGAUCGAGGAGCACAGGAGGAAACAACAGACUUUAGAAGCAGAGGAGGCCAAGAGGCGGUUGAAGGAGCAGUCUAUCUUUGGUGACCAGCGGGAUGAGGAGGAAGAGACCCAGAUGAAGAAGUCAGAAUCGGAGGUAGAGGAGGCAGCAGCCAUUAUUGCCCAGCGACCUGAUAACCCACGGGAGUUCUUUAAGCAGCAGGAAAGAGUUGCAUCGGCCUCCGCAGGCAGCUGUGAUGUGCCCUCACCCUUCAACCACCGACCAGGUCGUCCGUACUGCCCUUUCAUAAAGGCAUCGGACAGUGGGCCUUCCUCCUCCUCCUCUUCCUCCUCCUCCCCUCCACGGACUCCCUUUCCCUAUAUCACCUGUCACCGCACCCCAAACCUCUCUUCCUCCCUCCCAUGCAGCCACCUGGACAGCCACCGGAGGAUGGUGCCUACCCCCAUCCCUGCCCGGAGCCCAUCUGACUCCAGCAUGGCCUCUACCCCUGUCACUGAGCAGAUCGAGCGGGCCCUGGAUGAGGUCACGUCCUCGCAGCCUCCACCACUGCCACCACCACCCCCAGCAGCCCAAGAGACCCAGGAACCCAGCCCCGGCCUGGAUAGUGAAGAGACCAGCAAGGAAGCCAGAGCAGCAGACCCUCAGGCCUGGGCCAGCCCCCUGGAGGAGUCCCCUCAGGCACCAGAGCCUCCCCAGGGCCAAGGCAGCCCCACAGAGGACUUGAUGUUCAUGGCGUCUACAGAGCAGGCAGUCCUGGCUGCCUCUCUAGAGCCUGCCAUGGCUGGAGCCUCUGCAGCUGACACCCCAGCAGCUGAUGCCAUUGAAACCGACGCUGCCGCUGCUGACACCAGUGUUGCCAACACCGUCACCCCUGCCACUGCCAGCCUCAUUGACCUAUGGCCUGGCAAUGGGGAAGGGGCCUCCGUACCCCAGGCUGAGCCUAGGGCCCCCACACCACCCUCAGGUGCCGAAGUCACUCUGGCAGAAGUGCCCCUGCUGGACGAGGUGGCUCAGGAGCCACUGCCGCUGGCUGGUGAAGGCAGUGCCAACCUUCUCAAUUUUGAUGAGCUGCCUGAGCCACCAGCCACCUUCUGUGACCCAGGGGAGGAAGUAGAAGGGGAGCCCCUGGCUGCCCCCCAGGCUCCAACUCUGCCCUCAGCUCUAGAGGAGCUGGAUCAGGAGCCGGAGCCGGAGCUGGAGCCAGAGCCCCAGCUGCUGACCAAUGGCGAGACCACCCAGAAGGAGGGGACCCAGGCCAGUGAGGGGUAUUUCAGCCAAUCACAGGAGGAGGAGUUUGCCCAAUCGGAAGAGCUGUGUGCAAAGGCUCCACCUCCUAUGUUCUACAACAAGCCUCCAGAAAUCGACAUCACCUGCUGGGAUGCAGACCCCGUACCAGAAGAGGAGGAGGGCUUCGAGGGUGGCGACUAGCGGUGAUGCUUGCCCUCAGGCUGCCCUCGCCAAGGCCGCCCACCUGCGCUGGCCUCUGGCCAGACGGCCCGCAGUGCCUGCACUUGCAGCAGCUCCGCCUGGCACCCACUCUGGAUUCCGGCCCUGGCCGGGGACUUGGCCGCUUCCCUACCCACAGGGCCCUACUUUUACAGCUUUUCUCUCUUUUUUAAAGUUGAUAGGAGACUUGUACAGUUGACUGGUUUUCCUCCCGUUGGUAGUUGAGAUGCUGUUGCAAAUUCCACCCCCUUCCCACCCGGUCCAGAUUGUAGCUCUUAGUCCUCCCUGCUCACUCAGCUGGCCGGGGUGGAGGCCUCACCCUGCUUGGGGCCUGGCGUGGGGGGAAGUUCUGGUGGGAAAAUGUUCCCCCCACCUCUUUUCCUAGUUUUCUGUUUCUUGGAAAAAUAUCACUUUGUAUUCUCUGUCCAGGGCUUCAGAUAUUUUGCACGAAUUUUAAAACAUGGCAAUAAAUGGCUCGUGGGCUCUGGUUCCCUGGGACCCGCCCCCCUCCCCCCUUCUCUUGACCCCUCCCAACCUGGUCCGAAGGAAGUAGCAGGCCCAGCUGGGGCCUCUCAGCUUCCUGGCCCUUUCCUGCCCCCUCCUGCUGGGCAGGUCCCAGGCUGGAGGCCCUAGGCGUGAUUCAGGUCAGGGCUAUGGGUGGCCCCUUUCCAUCUUCUCCCUCUUUGCUUGGGUUCCUUUUUCACGUUCAGUAACUGUUUUUUGGAAAGCACAAACUUCUGUAACAGGUCGUGCUCAUGUCUGUUAAUAAAGAAAUCCAGAUCC